AUGGAGAAUAAGAACUUCGGAGACUCUUCAUCAUCUGAAAAUUGCAGUGGCACUUCGUAUAAUAUCUCUAUCAUUACUUCGCCGGGAACUGAUAAUUUAGCUUCCACGACGUCUGGUACUUCUCCAACAAUCAGUGAUUCUUCUUCGUUGAAGAAACCUACUUAUGCUGCCGUUCUUGCUAAGUCUUUGCGGGCGACGGUGGUUAAGUGUACAUCACCUACCGCAUCUUCGUCUUCGCCGGCGAAUGAGUCCGAGCCUAUAGCUGAGGGUUUGAAACCGAUGACGUCGGAGUCAUCGAAAGGUUUGACCCAUGGAUCGUCUUCACAACAAUUGCUGCAGGGUACAGAAAGCCCACCUUCCCCAUCAGAGAAACAAGUCAGUAGUGAUGAGACCACGGUGUCAACAAGCUGCCGGCCGGAACUAACAUCUGAAAAUCAUAACGACCCUCCAACACCACCACGUGAUUCUUAUAAUAUCUCUAUCGUCAUUACUUCACUGAGGACUGAUAUUUUACCUUCCAAGUCUGAAACUUCUUCAAUCAAUUCUUCGUCGAAACCUACUUAUGCUGCUGUUGUCGUCGCUAAGUCGUUGACAUUGCCAACGACCACGGUGGCUAAAUGUUCAUCCGCCACCGCACCUUUCUCUUUGCCGGCGAAUGAUUCUGAGCCCAUGGCUGAGGGUUUGAAACUGAUGGCGUCGGAGUCAUCCAAAGGUUUGACCGAUGGAUCAUCUACUUCACUGCUAAAAUUGCAGGGUUCUCAAAGGCCACCUUUCCCAUUAGAGAAACAAGUCAGUAGUGAUGAGACUCGCCAGCAGGAACCAACGAGUCAAAACGGUGCGUCUCUGAGCGGCAGCCAUGGCCAGCUACAAUCUGCAACUCAUGGUGCCACGUCGGCAACAGGGUCCCACAUCUCCUCUUUAAGCCAUAAUAGACCAAGAAGAACUAGAAUAAGUGGAUAUGGAUCAAUGAUCCGUAACGUUGUUCCACAGCAACGUGGGAUCAACCAAAAUUCCAACACUAAUAGGAGUUUCCAUGAAGGAAACAUACAUAUGCCACAUAGAGGCCGCCCUACAAUGUUUGCAAGGCCGCCUCCACCACCUUCGCUGCCGCCUCUAUCUCCGCCGUCUCCGGCAUCUUAUUCUUACCCUUAUUAUUUGCCCCAGCCACCAGUGCCCCCACUUUAUGGAGUCUCAGUUUCCUAUGGGUCCCCAGAUUUGGGUUCUCAUGUUCCAUAUCAUGCCACUCCAGCACCUCGUCCCUUUAUUGGUUCUCCUUAUGUGCCAUCAAUAAGACAUUAUCCUAUGAAUGUUUUAGCUCCAGUAGUUCUCGACUUACAUGCUAAGAUUGUAAAACAGAUUGAUUACUAUUUCAGUUUUGAUAAUUUAGUUAAGGAUAUCUACCUGCGAAAGCAAAUGGAUCAUGAGGGUUGGAUUCCCAUAAGAAUAAUAGCAGGUUUUCCCAAGUCGUGGUUGCCAUUGCCGGCGACGGUGCCUGAAUGUUCAUCCGCCACCGCUGCUUCUUCGUCUUUGCCGGUGAAGGAUUCAGAACUUAUGGCUAAGGGUUUGAAACUGAUGACGUCGGAGUCAUCCAAAGAUUUGACCGAUCGAUCAUCUUCACUACAAUUGCAGAUCAAAAAGUUGACUGGCAAUGUCCAAAUCAUUGCAGAUGCUCUUCAAACUUCAUCCAUAGUUGAAAUUUCGGGUCCUGAAAACCCACCUUCCCUGUCGGAGAAACAAGCUGAGGAUGAGACUAUGGUGUCAACAAGCCAGCCGGAAGUAAUAUCCGAAAAUCAUACUGACCCUCCGUCACCAUGUCAUUCUUAUAACAUCUCUAUCAUUACUUUACCGUCGGCUCAUAUUUUACGCCCAAAAUCCGAUUCUUAUGCUAGUGUUGAUGCUAAGUCGUCGUUGCCAUUGCCGGCGACGGUGCCUGAAUGUUCAUCCUCGACCGCUGCUUCUUCCUCUUUGCCGGCGAAUGAUUCUGAGCGUAUGGCUGAGGGCUUGAAACUGAUGACGUCGGAGUCAUACAAAGAUUUGACCGAUCGAUCACCUUCACUACAACUGCAGGACUCUCAAAGCCCACCUUCCCCAUCGAAGAAACAAGUAAUUACCAGCGAUAAGACUCUGGCGCCAACAAACCAACAAGAACUAACGAGUCAAAACGGCGCGUUUUCCAGCGGCAUCCACGGCCAGAUACAGUCAGCAAGUCGUGGUGCCACGUCCAGGACAGGGUCCCACAACUCCUCUUUAAGCCACAAUAGACGAAGGAGUACUACAAUAACUGGAUAUAGAACAAAGAUCCAUAAUAAUGUUAACGUUGUUCCAUGGCAACAUGGGAUGAUCAAUCAAAAUUGCAACACUCAUGGGAAUUUCCGUAGCGGAAACAUGCAUAUACCACCUCGAGGCCAUACAAUGUUUGCAAGGCCACCUCCGCCGCCUCCUCUACGGCCGCCGCCUCUGGCAUCUUAUUCUUACCCUUAUUAUUUUCCCCAACCGCCCGUCGUAAUACCACCAAUGCCGCCACCGUAUGGAGUCUCUUAUGGAUUCCCAGCUGAUUUGGGUCGUCAUAUUCCAUAUCAUGCCACUCUCGAGCCAUUUAUUGGAGCUCCUCAUCAUGUGCCAUCAAUAAUGAAUAAUCGUGCAGCUCGAGAUCCUGAGUUACCUGCUAAGAUUGUUAAACAGAUUGAUUAUUACUUCAGUUUUGAUAAUUUAGUUAAGGAUAUCUACCUGCGAAAGCAAAUGGAUCAUGAGGGUUGGAUUCCUAUACGAAUAGUAGCUGGUUUUCCCAGGAUCAAAAAGCUGACUAGCAAUAUCCAAAUCAUCACAGAUGCUCUUCAAAUUUCAUCUGUAGUUGAAAUUUCGAAAGCUGAGAUUCUAGGAAUGUAUGGAAGAUUUAUUUGA